GUCUUUCUCUUAGCAGCCUCUGCAGGUGGAGAAUCUCCCUCUGGUAAGAAGCUGUCCUCCCCUCCGCUGCCUCCUCCAACACUGCCAGUCUGGUUGAUGCCUGCUUUCGGUACACCUGCACAUACACAUACACACAGAGGAAUGAGAUGUGGAGUGUUGCUAUGAAGGAUGCAGAUUUACAUGAAGGACAGCGCAGCAGAGACAACUGGAGUGGAGGAGGGGGAGUCACACACAUUGGGACGAGACCAUGACUUGAAGAUGAGCGGUUCUCAGGCUGAAUUAGAGGAGAAGGACUGUCCUCCACCAGAGGAAUUAGAGUGUAAAAUCUGUUACCAACGCUACAAUGCCCACAAACGCAAGCCUAAGAUCCUGGACUGCCUGCACCGGGUCUGUGCCCGCUGCCUCAUUAAGAUCCUGGACAUUGCUGACGGGGCAGGCUUCGUCUCCUGCCCCUUUUGCCGACACCAAACCGAGAUCACAGAGUACGAGGUGUCAGCCCUCCCUGAUGAUGCUAUCAUCAUGUCCCACUUGGUAAUGCGGGACAAAUCCUGGAGCUCAGACCACAACAGGGAGGUGGUUUUGACUCCAACGGGUUUCUGCUCCUCCAGCCCAUCUCACGAUUCUUCCAACUGCCUGGUCAUCACUAUAAUGGAAGUACAGAGGGACUCACAGCACUCCCCAAGCCGAAACGGCAGCUCUGACAUCUAUGCUGAGCAGAGCCUGGACUCAGUAUCGAUGGACUCCAAUGGACAGGCUGAUCAGGACGCUCUGUCCAAGUUCUGUAAUCACGUCCCACGCAUCCUGGUCUGGUUGCUGGGUUUCUUGUACUUUGGCUCACUGCCUCUAGGAAUCUACUUGUUGGUGAUCCAGAGAGUGACACUGGGUAUUGUAUGUGUUAGCUUGGUGCCAUCAAGCCUGACAGUUUGCCUGGUCUAUGGGUUCUGCCAGUGUCUGUGCCAGGGCAUGUGUGACUGCUACUCCAGGGGCUGAUAGGAUGCUACAUCAAAACUGGUGGUCCUAGGAUGGGAUAAAGUCAGCUGCAGUAAACAGGUUUUUGAUGUGUUUUGUGAAUAGAUAGGGGGCCCAAAGGUAAAGAUGAUGCCACCUCCUACACAGUCUUUAAAAGCCUACCAGUCAACUAUCUUCAUGCAAAUAAUAGGCCAGUACAGAGACCUAAGACUGCCUUUAGUACUUGUCCGUGCUUUUGUUAGGCCGACCACUGCAACUCAGAACCAGUUUGGCCAACAGGAACAGAGCCCCUGACAAGAUGUGUUAGUUGGAGCAGCGCCUAUACAUUUCUGUAAUGUAUGUAUGUAACCUUUAUUUGUUCUGUGCUGUGUGUGUGACCUAGUCUAACAGCACAUUUGAAGGCAGACCUUUAACGUUUGACUUACAUAACGACAGCACUGAUAAGAGUCCUGGGCCCUCAUUUAUCAACACUGUGUUCCAACAUUCAAUCUUUUUAAAGUAAAACGUGGGACAUGUUUACAUUAACAGUCAGAGUACUUAAUUGGUUUUCUCAGGAUGUUCUUAAGUUAGUUAACAAUUGCAUUUAAGCAUGACUGAAUAAUUGAGAGUUCCCAAUAACAGAAAGGGAGGAAAUCAAUGUUGUAGGCGAUUUUGGCCACCUGUUAAAAUCAAAAUCAAACCUCUUAAUUGAUUGAGAGUACAAAUACUGCAAAUGUUUGUUUUUUUUCGUUUACUUUUAUUUUAAUGAGUGUUCUUCACAUCUAUAAGCCAGCAUUUAUGGUAGAACUAAAUGUUGGCAAACAUUUCUUCCCUCUGUUAAAGCUACAGCUAAAUCAAAGUUGAAUUUUUUAUUUAAUUUUUUAUUAAGUCUUUUGCAAUGCUGAAAUCAGUUGGAAGCUGUUGGAAGCUAGUGGGGGGGACGUUGUCGUGGGACUGUGGUGCAGUUUGUUUAUAGCCUAAUGUUAGCUGUACACUUCUGGAUUGCAUUUACGCUUCUAAAAUCAUGAAAGUAGUGUCCAUUUGUGAAGAUUAUCUUGCUGAACAAAACAUGUUAGCAUCAUAAACCUUUGUUUGCCAUAGAGCAUAUUUUCUGCAAUAACCCAAAAUCCAAUGAAAUAACUCUUGGCUUUUUGUUGAGGGAAUCAGGGCGAUGCUAACUUUUGGUUUGGCCUCCAAAAAUACUUCUUCCCUGCAUCACUCUAUGACUACUGACAAACAAAGAAAACAUACAGGCUACACCCUGAAUGGACAAGUGCUUUCACUCGCUUACUGCUCCCGGAUUUCAAACGGAAACAACAGCUAAUUUGGAAACGUACUCCUAUAUUACAAAAAAGUUCACCUAAAUGUAAAGGCAACCCGAUCAGGCUCCAAGAUGACGUUAUCUUCUGCCUUCUGCUUAGAAGUGGUGUAUUAACAGCUCACAGCAACUUAAUAUGAUAUAGUCUCUGGCGUCUGAUAUUGAGUGUCUGCGAAAAAUGUUGGUGCACAUUUCUAAUACGUCGUUAGCAAGCAUUAGCUCGGAGGACUAAUUUGGCUUGUUUACUAUAUAACGUGAACGUCACAGUCACCCUGAACGUUCAACCUAGUUAAACAAUCUAGCAGUUCAACAAAGCAUUGCUUUCGGGUAAAGCACUAAUUGCUUAUUGUAUGUGCCACACUCAUUCUCUCUCUGCAUCUCUGUCUGUCUUUCUCUCUCAAUGCCUCAAAUACAGACACACACACCAUACAGAGUUGUGUUGAAUGGAUUUUGGGCAUCUGAGGUAUACACCAGACUCAUAUCUCAGGUUUUUUUGAUACUCUAUUAAUGUUAAGCAACACACUUUUCAUUCAGUUUCUUGUUGAGUUGAACAUAACAAGGCUGCUCUGUUGUAUUUUGUGGUACUGGUUGUGAAAAGCUCAUUGAACUCAAAAGCACAGUUUGUGGCUAUGGGAGUCCUCUGUUACUUUCAUGCUGUAAGUCACAUGCACAUUCUGCCAUACUAAAGCCAUGCAGAUUUGUUGUUGUGUGGCAUCUCAAGGUUGUGAGCAUUAUUUAUGUGGCAUUUUGAUUUUCUUUUACAUGUAAGACAAACAGUCCCCUACUAGUACCAUCCUGGCAUAUGGACUCCUGAAAGAAAAGUCACAAUGAACUAUGUGUGUAUGUUUAUGUAUAUGUGUUGUUUUAACAAUUAUAAUUGUUUUUAUGUAACAAAUACUUUGUUUGGGAGUACAGCACAUGUAUGUAGAGAAAAAAUAGUUUUGUUCAAGUCUGCUGAAGAUUUAGGCUUCUUCUAUGGGUUGUAUGUGACCAAUACA